AUAAUAAAAAUAUUAAAAAAUGACAGAAAAAACGAAGACGUUUAGUCCAUUUUUGAGACAAUGUCUGGUAACGGCCGCGGUGAGCAGCAGCGUCAUCGGCUGCGGCUGCGCGUUUGGCUUCCCAGGGAUCCUGUUACCGCAGUUGGAGCAUCCCGACUCAGCGCUUCAAGUCUCUGAAGACCAGGCUUCCUGGCUAGCCUCCGUUUCUUCAAUCCCAAUGAUCUGCGGUAACUUCAUGGUGCCAGCAUUGAUGACGCGUGGAGGAAGGAAGGUGGCGCUCUACGUAGUGACCCUCACCAUGAUGUUGGGCUGGUGCACCAUCAUACUCGCCCACAGCUAUGAGUUGCUGCUGAUAGGCAGGCUACUCCAAGGACUGUCGUUUGGGAUGUUUAUGCCACUCCGCUCCAUCUUCAUCGGCGAGUGCACCAGCCCACGGUACCGUGGUGGAUUCCUCUCCACUUCCACACUAGCCCAGACCUUCGGCCUCCUAUUCGUCCAUCUCAUCGGAUCACUCAUCAGCUACCAGAUGACAGCCCUCUGUUCCAUAUCCUUCGCUAUCAUUAGUCUCAUCUUAGCCGUAAUCUCGCCAGAAUCUCCAAGCUGGCUUGCGACAAGAGGACAAUAUGACAGAUGCAGAAAGAACUUCAUAUGGUAUAGAGGAGAAGAAGAAAUACCGGAGCUGGAGAAGAUGAUACAGAGCGUUAAGCUUUUAGAAACAAAACAGAGUACUGAGCAGAACAAACUUAAAGAGAUGAUGGCUGUGGCGACGAAAAGGGAAUUCUACAAACCUAUAUUCCUCAUGUUUGCCUUGUAUAUUCUAAUGUCGUAUUCCGGAGGACUUAUAAUGGGAGCGUACUCAGUUACGAUUCUGCAGCUUCUGCUUGGGCCUAGCAUUAAUGCUCAUCUAUGGAUGGUGGCAUUAGACUUCCAGAGAUUAAUCUUCAGUAUAGUCGCAGUUUAUGUGAUAAACAAAGUUAGAAGGAGAACAAUGUUGUUCAGUGUUGGGGUGCUCUGUGCUGGUAGCCAGCUAGCUAUGGGCGCUUACGUCUUCGCUAGAGCUAAGGGUUAUUUGUCGUUUGAUUAUCUAUGGAUUCCUGGUAUACUUAUAAAUCUGCAGAUGUUGAGUGUGUCAAUGGGGAUGCAGCCACUGCCGUUUGUUAUAGCUGGGGAAGUAUUUCCUUUGCAGUACAGAGGUUUAGGUGGAAGUAUAGGUUUAAUAGCGCAGUGUGGGUCUGUCUUUAUUGUUCUUAAGGCAUUUCCUAGUUUAAUAGCCCUUGCGGGUCUCCAUGGAACAUUUACUGUGUAUGCUGGAGUGAUAGUUGCUUGUCUGGCGGUGGCGUGGGUGCUAUUACCGGAGACAAGCGGCCGGACUUUGCAGCAGAUUGAAGAACACUUCAGGGGGGCUCCGCUCCCGGACCUUGAGGCUGAUGUUAGGGAGUCAGCGCCUUUGAAUGAGAAGCUUAAUUGUGUGGAUAAAAGAGGUAGUAAAACUAGUCAAACAUUAACGUCAAGUUGCAAUGGCAUAGAGAGAGUAAGUUUAGAAGAAAUUGAACCUGUAGGUACUGUUAAAUAACUUCUCAUAAGCAAUUUAGGAAGGCACUAGACAGAUGAGACAUCUAAUUAAAAUAUC